AUGAUUGUUGCAACCGAAACAUGGCUGGAUGACACUGUUGCGGACGGGGAAUUGUUCACGGAUAAAUACACCAUCUACAGAAGAGAUCGUCAGUCAACCUCCUCUCAACGCAAGACUGGUGGUGGAGUACUUUUUGCAGUAUCUAAAUCUAUAGAAUCUAGACGAAUUGAACAUUUAGAAAGUAACGGUGAAGAUCUAUGGAUUUCUGUAAAAGUAUCGGAAAAUGGAGUUUCUACGAACAUUUUAUUUUGUGCAGUGUAUAUUCCCCCGCCUAUCUCGUUGGAAAGUUUAAACCUCAUUUUGGACAAUAUAAGUGUUGUAAUGCAAUCUAACCCUGGUAAAGUUGUAGUUUUGGGGGAUUUUAAUUUGGGUUUUCUAAAUUGGCAGCUGGACGAAACCGAGGAUCUGUUAAAACCCGACCAUACCGAUAAUAUUUUGGGAUUCCCUUUUGCCGAUUUUUUGUCACUCAAUUCACUAACACAAUACAACAAAAUUAAGAAUCACAUUCAACGUAUACUAGAUUUGGUCAUGAAUAAUUUUAACAAUUUAACAGUAAUUGAAGCUUGUCAAUUAUUAAGUAACGUUGAUCCUCACCAUCCAGCAUUAGAAAUAUCUUUGCGAAUUAAUGCCGAUAAAUUUUUAUACAAUAAAAUAUUUGCUACAUAUUUAUUUAGAAAGGCAGACUACGAUGCGGUAAACAGAUGUUUAGGAGAGUUUGAUUGGUACUCCGAAUUAGGGAGUUGCGGGAACGUCGAUGCUAUGGUAGAAAAAUUGUAUAAUAUCUUGUACGCUAUAAUUGAUUCUCAUGUUCCAAAAAUCAAGCCAAAAGCAUUUAAAUAUCCUGUCUGGUUCACAUCUUCCCUGAUAAAAUUAAUUAACGAAAAGGAGAAAGUUAGGAAACUGUGCAAACGUUAUAAGAAUCCUAGAGAUAUAUUAGAGUUAGCAAGAAGCCGUAGGCGCGUCGAGAAUCUACUUGAAUUAAGUUACAGCCGUUACAUUUCCGGAGUCGAGGAUUCAAUCUUUCGCGAUCCCUUAAAAUUUUGGCGUUUUGUUAAAAAACGGCGUGGAGCUAAAUCCGAGGUCCCAUCUGAAAUGUCACUAGAUAACACCACAGCCCAUUCUGGUCAAGCGAUUUGUAAUCUUUUCGUACAGAACUUUGCGUCCUCAUAUUCUUCUUUGCAGCCUUGCGUAGAUUUCGUAGACGAAAGUCCGGACUUUUAUUCUCAAAUGUCUCUUGCUCACGUCACACUAAAUGAACGUACUAUAUUGAAGGCAUUACGUUCAAUAAAUCCAAGCAAGUCAGCUGGUCCUGAUGGCAUUCCUCCUCUUUUUUUCAGAAAAACGUACUUCAACUUUUCCUACGAAGUGGAAGGAAGCUAA